GAUGAGCGCUCGGGUUCCAGGCGCUCCGCCGCAGCGCCACCUUCCUGCCCUGCCUCCCGCAGCCCCGUGACUGGCUGCUGUUUCCGCUGCAUUUCAGCUGAGCUGCCGCAGGCGGCCAUCGCCCGGGCGCCGGAGCCAUCUCUCUCUCUUCGCCCCUGGCCCCAGACAUGGCUGUUUUAUCUACCUGAGGGCUGCCGGGGUGGUUGGCUGCCUUAGGACUCCAGGAAAUUUUGUUUUGGCUAAGUCAAGUCACACAAAGCUGAGAAGGUGACUUGGAUGCGGUUGUUCACCGCUAAUCAUUGCCUUCUCGAGCAUGUGAAUAAAGAAAUUCUAAAUUGAUGGGAAAGUUCUCACCACUCUUGACCAAUAGUGAAAAAGUGCACAGCACGAAAGCGGAAGAGUAAGAUUUUGAAGGAAUCUUUUGUAUUCAUUUCUGUGGAAACAGUUUUCUUGAAAAGCUGCAUUUAAGCUAUUAGUGAUGUUUGCAGUAUUUUUUAAAGUUGAAGAAUAAGAGCAGAACGUUUUUUUCUUAUUGAAGAACAGCAUAAUGUGGUGUAGUAUUUAAUUUCCCGUCGAGGUAUUUAGAUUUCUUUAGUUGCAAAGUUUGAUGAUGUUCUGUCCCCUGAAGUACUUUUGAUUGCGCAGUGUACAACUUUCCUGGUAAACUCAGAACCCCGUGUACACUGUGCUAGUUGCUAAGAAAAAAUUUAGAAUUUUUCUUGUACACGGUGGCUGCAAGAAGUUCGUUGUUCAGAGGCAGAUGACACUAGGUGAAAUGUACUAAGUGCUGCGGGGAAGGCAUAUUCGAUUGAUUCCUGGACUUGAAGAGAACGGCAAGGUUUCUAUUUGGAGCGUCAGGCAGGGAAGGGUUCCUAAAGUAGGUGGCAUUUUGAGGUAACAAAGGUAGAACUUUGUUAGGUAGCCGAGGGGGUGGAGAAAGGGCAUUUCAAGGUUGAAUCUGCCUCCGAAAACGGCUUUUACAGUUUGGCUGAAGUGGAUGGCGUAGAUAGGGGAGUUGGUAGGAAUCGGGCUAGAAAAGGUAGAUUGCGGAGGCGCUUGCUUGCCAGGUGGCAGGACUUAGGCUCAGUGGGGGACGCGGCGGAAGAGCCCUCCACUAGUUCAGUGAUGACACACUGGAGCUGCGCUCUAUAGUUCGUUGGACUAGGACACGUUUCAAAGUUGAGAAAUAACCAGUGUUAAGUCGAUCAAUGUUUUCACUCUCAGGACGACUGCAGGGAUGUUCAGGAAUUAAGCAGAUUUUGUCACUUUUUGAGUGAUCUUUCUUUCUCUCCUAAUCUCUCACCCCGAGAAACCUUCUGCUCAGUUGUUAGAAUUUCUGUGAAAAACAAAGAGGAGGUUCUACCAUUUCAUUUACCAUGGUUGAAAAUUACAGGACUAGCGCCGUGAGUUACUUUGGCCGAAAUGAGAAAUGACCCUUGUCUUCAAGGAAUUCUUCACUUACUCUAAGGAGCUGUGACUGAUGAGAAUUAAAGGCCAUGGAUGAAGAUGGACUUGAAUUACAACCACAAGAGCCAAACUCAUUUUUUGAUGCAACAGGAGCUGAUGCAACACACAUGGAUGGUGAUCAAAUUGUUGUGGAAGUACAAGAAACUGUUUUUGUGUCAGAUGUUGUGGAUUCAGACAUAACUGUGCAUAACUUUGUUCCUGAUGACCCCGACUCAGUUGUAAUUCAAGAUGUUAUUGAGGACGUUGUUAUAGAAGAUGUUCAAUGCCCAGAUAUCAUGGAAGAAGCAGAUGUAUCAGAAACCGUCAUCAUUCCUGAGCAAGUGCUGGACUCAGAUGUAACUGAAGAAGUUUCUUUAGCACAUUGCACAGUUCCAGAUGAUGUUUUAGCUUCUGACAUUACUUCAGCCUCAAUGUCUAUGCCAGAACACGUCUUGACAAGUGAAUCUAUACAUGUGUCUGACGUUGGGCAUGUUGAACAUGUGGUUCAUGAUAGUGUUGUAGAAGCAGAAAUAGUCACUGAUCCUCUGACCACCGAUGUAGUUUCAGAAGAAGUAUUGGUAGCAGACUGUGCCUCCGAAGCAGUCAUAGAUGCCAACGGGAUCCCUGUGGACCAGCAAGAUGAUGACAAAAGCAACUGUGAGGACUACCUUAUGAUUUCCUUGGAUGAUGCUGGCAAAAUAGAACAUGACGGUUCAUCUGGAAUGACUAUGGAUGCAGAGUCAGAAAUUGAUCCUUGUAAAGUGGAUGGCACUUGUCCUGAAGUCAUCAAGGUGUACAUUUUUAAAGCUGACCCUGGAGAGGAUGACUUAGGUGGAACCGUAGACAUUGUGGAGAGUGAGCCUGAGAAUGAUCAUGGAGUUGAACUGCUUGAUCAGAACAGCAGUAUUCGUGUUCCCAGGGAAAAGAUGGUUUAUAUGACUGUCAAUGACUCUCAGCAAGAAGAUGAAGAUUUAAAUGUUGCUGAAAUUGCUGAUGAAGUUUAUAUGGAAGUGAUCGUAGGAGAGGAGGAUGCGGCAGCGGCAGCAGCAGCUGCUGCUGCUGUGCAUGAACAGCAAAUGGAUGACAAUGAAAUCAAAACCUUCAUGCCAAUUGCAUGGGCAGCAGCUUACGCAAUAAUUAUUGGCCCUGAUGGACAUCCCUUGACUGUCUACCCUUGCAUGAUUUGUGGGAAGAAGUUUAAGUCGCGAGGUUUCUUGAAAAGGCACAUGAAAAACCAUCCUGAACAUCUUGCCAAGAAGAAGUACCGCUGUACUGACUGUGAUUACACUACCAACAAGAAGAUAAGUUUACACAAUCACUUGGAGAGCCACAAGCUGACCAGCAAGGCAGAGAAGGCCAUCGAGUGCGAUGAGUGUGGCAAGCAUUUCUCUCAUGCUGGGGCUUUGUUUACUCACAAAAUGGUGCAUAAGGAAAAAGGAGCCAACAAAAUGCACAAGUGUAAAUUCUGUGAAUAUGAGACAGCUGAACAAGGAUUAUUGAAUCGCCACCUUUUGGCAGUCCACAGCAAGAAUUUUCCUCAUAUUUGUGUAGAGUGCGGUAAAGGUUUUCGGCACCCAUCAGAGCUCAAAAAGCACAUGCGAAUCCAUACUGGCGAGAAGCCGUACCAAUGCCAGUACUGCGAAUAUAGAUCUGCAGACUCUUCUAACUUGAAAACACAUGUAAAAACUAAGCAUAGUAAAGAGAUGCCAUUCAAGUGUGACAUUUGUCUUCUGACUUUCUCAGAUACCAAAGAGGUGCAGCAACAUGCUCUUAUCCACCAAGAAAGCAAAACACACCAGUGUUUGCAUUGUGACCACAAGAGUUCGAACUCAAGUGAUUUGAAGCGACACAUAAUUUCAGUUCACACGAAGGACUACCCUCAUAAGUGUGACAUGUGUGAUAAAGGCUUUCACAGGCCUUCGGAACUCAAGAAACAUGUGGCUGCCCACAAGGGUAAAAAAAUGCACCAGUGUAGACAUUGUGACUUUAAGAUUGCAGAUCCGUUUGUGCUAAGUCGCCAUAUUCUUUCGGUUCACACAAAGGACCUUCCAUUUAGGUGUAAGAGGUGUAGAAAGGGAUUUAGGCAACAGAAUGAGCUUAAAAAGCAUAUGAAGACACACAGUGGCCGAAAAGUGUAUCAAUGUGAGUACUGUGAGUAUAGCACUACAGAUGCCUCAGGCUUUAAACGGCACGUUAUUUCCAUUCAUACGAAAGACUAUCCUCACCGCUGUGAGUACUGCAAGAAAGGUUUCCGAAGACCUUCAGAAAAGAACCAGCACAUAAUGCGACAUCACAAAGAAGUUGGCCUGCCCUAACGAUACAUCUACAGACGUUUGUAGAGAUACUGGCCUUGAAGCAGGAAAUUCAUUUUUAAAGCCAAUCAGUCUUGUUCACUUACAAUACUGUAUAUUGAUUUAUGCUGUGUACAAAUAGAGUUAUUGCUUCUAGUUGACUUUUUUUUUUUUAACAUUUUGUUCAAUAGCGUGUUCUGAAUUCUAUUCAGUUUGUUUAAUAAAUGGGGAAAAGUAGCAACAAGUUAGUUGCUUUUAAUAAAGUAAUCCCUGGUUCUAUACUGAAUUUUUCUAUCUUAGAAGUUUUAUAUUUAUUUAAAUAAUUACCUUGCCUACCUUGAUGGUACUCUUCUAAGAUCUUUUAACUUAAGGUAACUUUAGAUUGGUAACUCUGAAAGUAUUCAUAUUGAUUCAUUUUCUUUUUCCCCAUAAAUUUCUCACAAUAAAAUUGUCAGAGAUAUUGAAUAUGAAUGGGAGAUUUUACAGUCAAGUCUAAUGAUCACAACAUGGAAGUGUUUACUUGUCUUGUUUAAUAUUUUCAGACCAUAUAACAAGGAAAGUUUCCUUUUGAGCUUUUGUGUCCCUGGCAUAGCUGAGUUAAGAAUAGUGGCUGGGUUUGUGUUUACUUUUCAUUUUGUUUAGAAGACAAAAUAUACUUCUUUUUGGCUUUCUUUGGACUAUUUACAUCUUUUGUUAGCAUAGCAAACUUUUAGAAAACUUUAUUGAAAAAUUUUGCUUGUUCCUGAUGUAUUUUGAUUAUUCUGUCUGUGCUGCUUUGUCUUGGAAUGGUUGUGUGCUACAAAUGAAAUUUACUGAGGACUGCAUUUUGGAAUCUCCUAGAGGUAACUUGCGGCUCAUAGGAUCUUUUGCAACUUUAUAUAUGUAAAUGUACCCUGAAUUAUAUGUAUACAUAUAUAUAUAACAUGUAUCUGUGUGUAUUGCUUAUUUUACAUAUUUAUACACACAACCCCAAGUAGUAUUUGUUUAAAAUCUAUAAUGAAAAGUAUUAAUUAAAUUUACAAUAACAUGAAAGAUCCAGGGAUGCAUGAGAGAGCAUUUUGUAAGUCAUGCUCUUCAGAGAGACUACUCAGGUGAAGAAUUAGAAGGAAAAUAAGGACACUAGUAUUUUUAAAGAGUAAAGGUAUUUUCUUUUAAAUAUCUUUGGUAAUUGAAAAAUAAUUGAAAAAAUAGAGGUUAAGAUGUUUUUAGAUAGAAUGUUUUCAUACAGUUUCAGCUCCAUGCCUUUAUAUUUUUCUGAAAAGCUAAUGAAUAUCCAGACGUGACUCCCUCGGUUCUCUCUGAGAAGCUGGAGAGAGAGCUCUGUCUCACCAAGUGAGGGGGGGGACAGAGAAGAAGUGAUGGCUCCAUGGACCAGAGAACGGGUGCUAAUUAUGACUUACACUUGGCAAGUUCAGCCUGCUUUGUUAGUUCUUAGACAGUUAAAGUUAGCAAACUUUUAAAAAACUUAACACUCAAGUUGGCUUAGGUUAGAAGAUAGAGGUGUGUUCCAAGUACAUAAGGAAAGUUUGAGGCCUUAUUUGGAACUUCACCAAGUCUUUCAGUUUUGUUUUUCUUUGAGAGUUGGCAGUUUUUAACAUGUAGGUCUGAAUCAGAGUCAUAACGUUUAUAAAAUGAAUUUGGUUAAUUAGAAUUUAGUUAUGUUAAGAUGACUCUUGGAGAACAGAAAACAGUUGGGGGGGGGCCUAGAAUUGGCUGUUGGCACAUGGAUCUGGCACAUCAUGGGAGAUUUAGAAAUUUUCUUCCCACUUGAUAGCUGCCUUGCUGCCUCAUUAUGGUGCUCCAUCCCCUUUGUGCCGUUAGGUUUUUACCUUUCAUCUUUCUCUUUGCCAUCCAUAUUUGUAUUCAAGAGUUAUAUUUUUAGGGUUAGGAAUCUAAAUAUUUGGUGUUUGGCAAGCCCCUGAAGUGUGAGAUUGAUUUAGGCUAGUUCUAAAUCAAGUGCUUUAGGCUCAUGUGAACUCUAGCCUAAAUGCCAGUCAAAGCUAAGGCAUGGGUUCCCCUAGCCGGCUCCAUAGGGAAUGCCUAUGCCCCUUUGGCCCCCACAGUAUGUUUGUUGUUUUUUUUUUUUUUUAAAGUAACUUACAAUUCUGUCAUUCAUUGCCCUACUAUUCUUGAAAGCUCUGUCUGUUUUUUUGUGAGAACCUUUAAAAUCUCCCUUAAUUUUUAUUUUCCCCAGAAAUAAUGUAAAACACUUAAAAUAGAAAUUUAUUAAUUUUAAAACAUCCUGUAAAAUUAUUACAGAAAAUAUAAAUGAUUGGGUCAUUUAACUAUAUUUUUUUAAAUAAACUGAAAGAUAAAGAACACAACACUUUACACACUUUAUAUUUCUCUUUACAUAAUCUGGAUUCAUACACAUUUCUUUUCUUUUUAAAGCACAAUAUUGAAGCCUUUAAAAGGUAUUUAAGGGUUUGGUCAAGUGAAUAUAAAAUGUAUUUGUCUGUAUAAAGAGAAAAUGAAAUUGUAGUCACUGUUAUGUACUGACAUUAGUUACAACCUAGUUUUAAUUCUUAAAACAAUUUGAUUAGCAAAGCUAAAAAAAUGGAUGUUUCAGUUAAAUGUUUUAAAGAGGUACAGAUUUUUACAAGGACAUAAUAUAAGUUAUUGUUCUGUAGAAAUAUCCUAUUAAAUAUUGUAUGUCCCUCCCUCUGUAUACUUUGUAUAAAAAGUAAAAUACAUAAAAAGGAAAUCAUAUAGGGAUGUGUGACAUUAUUGUAAUUGUGUACUUGAGAAUAACGUGCAAAAAUAAAAAUCAGAAUAUUUUCCUGUUAAUGAAUGUUUAGUCUAUUUGAUACCAGUACUAAGUUAAUGCUUUUUCUUAAGGAAAAAAAAAUGUACAGUUUUUGUAAACCUAAUAAACAUCAAAAGCAGUGGAUUAUUUUCAUCCCCCCAUUUCUUAAUUCCCUUUUAUGCAGCAAUGGAAUGCAAAAUGCUUGAUUGCUUUGAAUUUUGUGAGUCGGAUGCAAAUACUGAUAAUAUUUCAGUCCUGUGAAUUUGCAAGUAAUAUUUCAGAGAAGUUAAGAGGUGAUUGGUGAGUCCUUUGAUGAGCAUGUCCUUGAAAUUCAUUUUUUCUUUUAUCUUUAUAAAGGAUUUGUUUUAUUAGCAUCUCCAGUUCCCCUGAGAUAAAUUACCCAUGCAUAAAAUGGGUUUUGAGAGCACUUAAAGUUCAUUUCAGUAUCAAUCCACUGCACAUUUAAUCAGUGGGGACUGUUAACCACUCCACUACAGAAGCCCUGCCCUUGAGUUACCCCUCUGUGCCCAGUUUGGAAGGCUCUAGUAGAUGUUGACACAGUACAGGAUGGUCAUUGUCAUAGGAAAAAUCAAAAGUUAGGUAAAAGUUCUCAGAAAUCAAAGAUUUGUGUCACCUUUGAUUUUAAAGAUGAGAUUCUGCAGUUCUUCAACUGUAGGAGCAAAGUGUUGACCUAAUAGAUGAAACAGUAAACCACCAACACCAAAACUUGAGGUAAAUGAUGAAGAGAAUGUGGUGACCAUCACUGUCCAGAGCCAUAAAUCCAAUAAAACCAGACCAUGCUGUCAAAAACUUUGUUUUAAUAGAGUGCCUGACAAAUGGCAUCUAACCCAACUGUGAUCCUGACUAGUCAGGUAAUAUGCUGCUGUAUUCUGUAGAGAAUCUCAGUAUUAGCAAUUUCCUUUAUUUCCCACAAAUUCUAGGAUUUAUGUAGGGAGAAGCAUAACCAAUCAAACCUUAAAAGGGGUUAUCUCUCAGAGCAAUGGCUACUAAAGUAUGACUCAGCAGCAUUGGCAGAAUGGUUCACUUGGGACCUUGUUAAAGAUGCAAAUUCUCAGCCCCACCCCAGACCCCUUGGAUUGGGAAACUGGGUGUGGGCCCAGUGAUCUGUGUUAUAACAUGUUCCCUAUGUAAUUCUGUUGCAUACUCAAGUUUGGAAAACACUAUUUUAGAGCACUUGAGGAACUUAAAGGAUCGCUGGCAUAACAUUUUGGGUGGUAGAUGAGAAAAUCACAAAAACAAAGCAACCAGAAAUGAAUGGUGAAGGUGAAAUAGGACCUAGAGUUUCCUACUUUCAGUUUACCAUUAAGGUGUGAGGCUGCCAGUAAGUAUAUUCUUUAGUGCGCAUGUAAAUAGACAACAUUUCCUAAAUAUUCUAAGCCCUUCCCCCAAAGUUUGCAUUCUUCAAAGAUAAAUUGAAUUCAGAGGAAAAUUUGGCAAGUAAGAGAAAAAGGUUUUUAAAAGUUGUGUGUGUAUGUGUGCGUGUGUAUUUAAUUGGCCCAGGGUUACUUAAGUAAUUCAUAUCCAAAAAUCAUUUUGCUGCAUUCUGCAGCUUUUUAGAUAAGGUCAAAAUUAAGUUUGCCCUAUGAAUUUUACUUGUUUUAUCUUUUGUUUCGUGUAUAUAUUGUUUGCCUUUUUCAUAAAAUAAUUCUUGAUUUGUUAUAUAUUGUUCUGUUAUUUUUGACAUCUUUGCUAUCGUUGUAAAUAAAUUACUAUUUUGUUUUAA